CGGCAGUGGAAUCAACCCCACACACACACCCCGCCCCGGCCGGCGUUGCUGAGUAACGGCGCGCGCGUGGGGCGGAGAAAGAGAAGAACAUUCUUCCGCCUUGAAGAAUGGCAGAAGCUGUCUUCCAUGCCCCAAAGAGGAAAAGAAGAGUGUACGAGAGUUAUGAGUCUCCACUGCCAAUCCCUUUUGGUCAGGACCAAGGUCCUGGGAAAGAAUUCAGAAUAUUCCGUGCUGAGAUGAUGAGCAACAACGUGCUAGUGACGGACGCAGAGGGCAUCAAGCAGCUAUAUGGAAAAGGUUAUUUUGGAAAAGGUAUUCUUUCAAGAAGCCGUCCAAACUUCGUAAUUUCAGAUCCCAAGCUUGUUGCCGAAUGGAAAGAUAUGAAGACAAACAUGCCUAUAAUCACAUCAAAGAGGUAUCAGCGUCGUGUGCAAUGGGCUGCAGAUCUCCUGCGCAGACAGGGGCAGGAUGAGAGUACAGCACACCAGAUCCUUAAGGAUUACACAAGACCACUCGAAUAUCCUUGUAGAGAAAGGAGCGAAGCAGCUGAACACCAUGGCAUACUUAAGUCUCAGAUAACUGCCCCCGUGGAAGACACAGCAGGAACAAAGGGACUUUCUGUGAUGAACGGAGGCUCCAGGCAGUCAGAGGAGCCAGGGGAUCCCAGCCCACACCCUGACUGCUUGCAGGAGGGCCCUGGGUGCAGCCUGCUCACCUCAGACGGCCUCCACGGACAGGUAGCUGUUCCCCAAGUCCACUGCUGCAAACAAGAUGCCCUCAUCCACCAGGGUGGCCUUCAGCCAGAGGAAGCCAGCCAGCCAGCAGACCUCGUCUGUGCAGGGGAGAGAAAGCCUGACUACCAGUAUGUGCUCGUGGAGGAAGAGGUGUGCGAUGUGCAAGAAGGGGAGGACACUCUAGGUGAGCAAUUGGCGCAAAGAAAGAGAUUAAUAUGCCGAAGAAAUCCGUACAGGAUCUUUGAGUAUUUGCAGCUCAGCCUAGAAGAGGCCUUCUUCCUGGUGUAUGCUCUGGGAUGUCUGAGUAUUUACUAUGAAAAGGAGCCUUUCACAAUAGUGAAACUCUGGCAAGCCUUCACCUCGAUUCAGCCCACCUUCAGGAUUACCUACAUGGCCUACCACUACUUCCGAAGCAAGGGCUGGGUGCCCAAAGUGGGACUCAAGUAUGGGACAGAUCUGUUGCUGUAUCGGAAAGGCCCUCCAUUUUACCAUGCAAGCUAUUCUGUCAUCAUUGAGCUCGUAGAUGAGCACUUUGAAGGCUCCCUCCGCAGACCUUUCAGCUGGAAGUCCCUGGCCGCCCUGAGCAGAGUUUCAGUGAAUGUCUCAAAGGAGCUUAUGUUGUGCUACUUGGUUAAACCCUGUACCAUGACUGAUGAAGAAAUGGAGUCCCCAGAAUGUAUGAAGAGAAUUAAAGUUCAGGAGGAAACCCAGGGCCUCAAGCAUGCUGAGCACAUGUUCUACCUCUGAGCCACACUCUAGCCAUCUCAUCUGAUUCUGUGCUUCUGGUUGAACCAAGUCCUUCCAGUAUUCUUUGCUGAUUCUCCUCCACCCUGGUCUGCCAACUUCAUUGUUGAAAUGUCUGGUGUUUGUCAAUGACUCUGUGCCCCCUCCCCUUGCAUGCCGGAUCCGGACAGUGUCUCUGUCGUCCCCCUCUCCCCAUCAGCCUGCCUCUGCUUCCCUCUCCUGCACGGUGCUCCCUUCCUCCUUGCUCACUGCCCUGCCCCACUUCACACCUGCUGCUUGGUCUCCAGGCCCUCCGUUUGUCCUACUCAUCUCUGCCAGAUCACUUGUACCUAAAGUGCUGGUCAGACCUGCUUCUCCCUUCUCAGUGGCUGACCCAGGCCAUGGAGCCCUGUGCCCUCACAGACCUGGUUCUGGUGUUAGACACUAGCCCGCACUGCUGCAGUGUACUGGAUGACACCAUGGCAGAGGCAAGGGCCCCCCUUAAAGUCUUUCCGGGGGGAUGGACACACGUGGCACCUCAGGAUUAUGUUGCUGCAAUGUGUUCUCCGAAGCUUCCUGUUACAAAAGCCGGGCGGGAAUCACUACUGCACAGCAGCCCUUUGUGAAGUGUGGCGUGAAAGCAGACACUUGGAACUUUCUUUCAUUUCUGUGCUGAAAUUUAGCCCUCUUCUUGUUUUCCUCAAUUGCAGGAGGUGAUUCUCAGCCGAUGGAUUUCUUCACGAGAGAGAAGUGACCAAGAUGAACUCUGAUGAUUCGGCCCUCAGAUUCCUCAGCAAACCAGUGACCACUUAGUGUCCUCCCACAUGCCAAGUUCAGGACUAGGUAAUAGGCCUUUCAUAGUAUUCACCUGUUAAUGUAGUGACUUUAAAGGCUGUGAUGCUUCAGCACCAGAAAACUGUCAGUGUUUUAAAAGAUAAGAUUACACAGGGAGGAAAGGACUCCUCUCUGUCAGUCUCUCGCUCUCUUGCUGAGCCUGUUCUUUGUGCCUGAGCCACAGCCCAUCCCUGGGGAGGUCAGGGGACCUUCCCAACAACGGGAAAUCUCUCUCUGAGUUUCCCUGAGAACAGUACUAGUUAACAUAUAUGCAGCACCCUGCAGUUCAUAGAGCAUCCCUGUUAUCCACGCCUAAUCUAUCCCAGAAAGAACCUCGGAGCAGAUUUGGGGAUCACAGGA